AGCCGCUUCGCGACCAGCCGCAGCAGCGCCGUGGCCCCUCCGCCCUAAAGGGAGGGGGGGUGAAGCUGUUUCCCGGGGGGGGGGAAUCUGCUGGGGGCAGGGAGAGCGCCUCGCCCGCCGCGCCUCUCCCCUCCGCUCGCGUGUGGCCGGCCAACGUCCUGCCUCCGGGCGGGCAGAUGUCCAACCCCGAGAGGCUGCUCUCAGCCCGCCCCCAGGCCCCCCUGGCUGCCGCCGGGGAAAAGCCCGGCUCCGGCACGGUCCCCUCCUGUGGGCAGAGCAGCGGAGGCAGCGCCCGGGCUCCUCCUCCGAGAAGCGGCUCGGCUGCCUGCAGCUCCUCCUCUGCCCUGCUCCCAAACAGCCGCCGCGCCGCGGGGACGGCCGCAGCCGCCGCCUCCUCCUCCAGCAUCGUCCCCAGGGCCGCCGCCGCCGCUCCUCGCCGGGCUCCUCCAGCCCCCUCCUUCCCCGCCCCUGCUCCCUCUUCCCUUCGCUUCUUGCCGCCGCCUCCUCCCCCCCUCCCCCCCUCCCCUGCCUCUGCGCUCGCAAGUCUCCAAGGAAAGGGGGGAGGAGGAGAGGCGGCAGGAGGAGGAGAUGUUGGAGGAGGCGAAGCAGCAGCUCCCUUGAUCGUCCAUCCCAGCAGCAGGAGCAGCAGCAGGAGCAGGCUGUUCUUCUCUUCCUCCAUCCAGGGCUUGCUGCUCCCCUCUCCAGCCGCCGGACCCCGGCAGCACCAGCCGCGGCUCCUCCUGGCCCCAGCUGCCUCUCGCCUGUGGUCCUACAAUUUCCUGGGUGCUGCAGCAGCAGCCGCCCGCGGCGACGGGAUCAGAGGAGACGGCCCCGGCAGGAGCAGGACCCCUAGGCAGCGGCAUAGAGGCUCCUUCCUCUCCUUCUCGUCUCCCCUGCUGCUAAGGCCAGACAUGGAAGAUGGAUCUUCUUCUACAAGCUGCUUUAGGAGGUUUACAGACUGUUUCCUGGGCACAAGUUUGACAGAUGAAAAAGUGAAGGCCUAUCUUUCUCUUCACCCCCAGGUACUGGAUGAAUUUGUGUCAGAAAGUGUAAGUGCUGAGACAGUGGAAAAAUGGCUGAAGAGAAAAAACAACAGACAGGAAGAUGAGUCACCUCCUAAGGAAGUCAGCAGGUACCAGGAUACAAAUAUGCAAGGAGUGGUAUACGAACUGAACAGCUACAUAGAACAACGGUUGGAUACAGGCGGAGACAACCAACUUCUCUUAUAUGAACUGAGCAGCAUCAUUAAAAUAGCUACAAAAGCUGAUGGAUUUGCACUAUAUUUCCUGGGAGAAUGCAAUAAUAGCCUCUGUGUGUUCACACCUCCGGGAGCUAAGGAAGGACAACCACAGCUCAUUCCUGCAGGGCCCAUUGCACUUGGCACCACAAUAUCUGCAUAUGUAGCCAAAUAUAGAAAAACUUUGUUAGUAGAAGACAUUCUGGGGGAUGAACGAUUUCCCAAAGGUACUGGACUGGAAUCAGGGACUCGUAUCCAAUCUGUUCUUUGUUUACCGAUUGUCACUGCAAUUGGUGAUUUGAUUGGUAUCCUGGAGCUUUAUCGGCAUUGGGGCAAAGAAGCCUUCCAUCUCAGUCACCAGGAGGUUGCAACAGCAAAUCUUGCAUGGGCCUCGGUAGCAAUACAUCAAGUACAGGUGUGCAGGGGUCUUGCCAAACAGACUGAACUGAAUGAUUUCCUGCUUGACGUAUCAAAAACCUAUUUUGAUAAUAUAGUCGCAAUAGAUUCUCUACUUGAACAUAUAAUGAUAUAUGCAAAAAACCUGGUGAAUGCAGACCGCUGUGCACUCUUCCAGGUUGAUCACAAGAACAAGGAGCUGUAUUCAGACCUUUUUGAUAUUGGAGAGGAGAAGGAGGGGAAACCUGUCUUCAAGAAGACCAAAGAAAUAAGAUUUUCUAUUGAGAAAGGAAUAGCGGGUCAGGUAGCAAGAACAGGUGAAGUCCUUAACAUUCCUGAUGCCUAUGCAGAUCCACGCUUUAACAGAGAAGUUGACCUCUACACAGGCUACACAACCAGGAACAUUCUGUGCAUGCCCAUUGUGAGUCGAGGGAGUGUAAUAGGCGUUGUGCAGAUGGUGAACAAAAUAAGUGGAAGUGCCUUCUCUAAAACCGAUGAGAACAACUUUAAAAUGUUUGCAGUCUUUUGUGCUUUAGCCUUACACUGUGCUAAUAUGUACCACAGAAUUCGCCAUUCAGAGUGUAUUUAUCGUGUAACGAUGGAGAAGCUGUCCUAUCACAGUAUUUGUACAGCAGAAGAAUGGCAAAAUCUCAUGAACUGCACACUCCCUACCCACAUCUGCAAAGAAAUUGAACUAUACCACUUUGAUAUCGGUCCCUACGAGGAUGUCUGGCCAGCCAUUUUUGUCUACAUGGUCCACCAGUCCUGUGGUGCAACCUGCUUUGAACUUGAAAAGCUAUGUCGUUUUACUAUGUCUGUAAAGAAGAACUAUCGCCGUGUGCCCUAUCACAACUGGAAGCAUGCAAUUACAGUUGCACAUUGUAUGUAUGCCAUACUUCAGAACAACCAAGGGCUUUUCACAGACCUGGAGCGAAAAGGUCUCCUAGUUGCAUGCUUGUGUCAUGACCUGGAUCACAGGGGUUACAGCAACAGCUACCUUCAGAAAUUUGAUCACCCUCUGGCAGCUCUUUAUUCCACCUCGACUAUGGAGCAACACCACUUCUCCCAGACAGUGGCCAUUCUGCAGCUGGAAGGUCACAAUAUCUUCUCCAAACUGAGCUCCAGCGAGUACGAGCAGGUCCUGGAGAUCAUCCGCAAAGCCAUCAUUGCCACAGAUCUUGCCCUGUACUUUGGAAACAGAAAACAGCUGGAAGAACUGCAUCAGACAGGAGCCUUAAACCUUAAAAACCAAGCACAUAGGGAUCGUAUGAUUGGUCUGAUGAUGACAGCUUGUGAUCUAUGUUCUGUAACAAAGUUGUGGCCAGUUACCAGAUUGACAGCUAAUGAUAUAUAUGCAGAGUUCUGGGCUGAGGGUGAUGAAAUGAGGAAGAUAGGUAUUCAGCCUAUACCUAUGAUGGACAGAGACAAGAAGGAUGAGGUCCCUCAAGGCCAAAUUGGAUUCUACAAUGCUGUAGCAAUCCCAUGUUACACCACACUCACACAGAUCUUCCCUCCUGCUGGGCCACUACUCCGGGCAUGCAGGGAAAAUCUCAAACAAUGGGAGAAAUUGACACAAGGAGAGGAAACUUCAUUAUGGAUUCCGUCCCAAUCACAUGAUCCCCAGACCUCAGAUUCACUUCCUGUGAAGAUUGAUGACUAAACAGCCGUGACAAAUUGCUUUAACUCUAAGGCAUCUCUCCUUUGUUCAUUUUUUGUUUGGUCUGGGUUUUUUUUCUUUUUUGGAAAGGAAAAAAAAAGCUACAGAUGCUGAGAAGCAGAUCUGCCUGUGGAGGUAAUACCUACAGAGUUACCUCAGCUAGGUGACUGUCCACCAGUCUCCUGUCUAACAUCAGUGACACAACAUAACCAGAGAGAGACUGACAACUCAGUUGCUUAAGAAUCAGCUGUCAAAGCAAACUUAUGACAUGUGAAUAUAAAAGACUGGCCUUUUCUCAUGGGCUACAUUGCUGAGGCCUUAAUUCAAAACUGAAGGGAAAAAUAUUAGGGGGUACUUUUAAAAUUGUAUCUUUCUAGUAAGGGUUUCAAUGGUACUUUUAUUAUAUUGUACUGUGGCUGGAUUUAACACCAGUGUCACUUGGGAGUUCUUGGCUAUAAAUAGAACAUUUUACACAUUGCUAUUGUGAAUGUUUAUGUGUGAUCUACUGGUAAGCAGUUUGAAAUUUAGCAGAAAACCUCUGGAGCUGUAACUUUUCCUGAAGUUACAGUACUUGAAUUAUCUUGCUGCAGACAAAAGGAAAAUCAACUUCUAGGUUCAAGGCUCCAAAAAUUCUAUUAGGUAUCACAGAGCAACUGUUUUAUUUCUCAAGUUAAAUGUUGAAAGCACUGGCUGUGUUUGGGUUUUUUGUAAUUAUGUGAAAAGCUAGAGAGCUCAUCCAUUCAUACACUGGAAGUACUGGAUAUUUAUCUCCAGUAAGGAGAGAUGCAGGCAUAAUUUCAGGCUGGACCUUUUUAUCAACAUUGACUAAAAUGAUGGGCUAAAGUUUGAAUGUAAUAGCAGAGAUCUGCCUGCCUAGCUAGCUAUAUGUCAAGUGGUCAUGCUAAUAUUUUUCGUGGUGAGUCAUAUUUUAGAAAAUAUUAGAGAGACAUGUUUAACAUACAAUACUUUCUGCUGCAAAUAGCAGCCUUGUCAGAAAAGUCAGGUAUACUAGGCAUUACUGCGGUACCAUCACAAUAAAAGGAAAGUAUUUUUCUUUGACUAGCUUUUAUGUUGCUCACCAGUACUGUAUGUUUUCUACUA